AUGGAACUUCGAGGGGCUGGCCCCAAAGGCAGACAGCCUGCCCAAACUAUUCUCACAUCAACCAUGACCAGAAUCAGUACGAGGCCUGGAUCAUCCAACAAGUCUACAUUUCUGCAGCUACAGUCGAUUCCGCCAGUCUUGCGGCCACUAGUUCGUGCAUACCUGCUGGGCUAUGCAUCUGCAGUUCUGCCACGACUAUUGACGCUCGUCUUGCAGCACUUGUCUAACAGGAGACGCAAGGCCCCCAAUUACGCACUGCCAGAAAGAGAUGAGAACACUUUCUUGGAAUCUGCAAAACAUGUUCUUAAGACUGGCUUGGAUCCCUACCGGUUUCCCACGUUUUGUGCCGCGUUAGUCGGCGGUUCAACUCUCUUACAGGGCCCCUUGAACAAGAUCAUAGCUGGCGCCACCACAAACCUGGGCCAUGUCGCCAAGCUGAGACUUACUAGAUUCCUUGCUACAUUCAUUGCUGCUUGGUUAAGUCUGAAGCUCCUACAGGCUAAAAAGCCUACAUUGCGAAGACGUGCCGGCUCUGGUACAAUUCGAUAUAUCGAUCCCGAGACCGGCAAGAAGCUUGCCGGUAGAACGGUGGACCUGACAUUGUUUGCAGCAACCCAGGCUAUCGAUGUCAUUGUUGGUGAAGUGUGGGCGCGGCAUAAGGCUCGGCGUCAAACUGCACAGAAAUGGACCAAGGUCGAGAGUUUCAUCUCCCAAAUGACUGACCCAGUCUCAUUCGUAGCAUCUUGCGCCUUCAUCAUGUGGGCCUGGUUCUACGCUCCAGAUAACCUUCCGCGAGCUUACAACAAGUGGAUCACAUCUGCAGCUCAUGUAGAUAUUCGCCUCAUUGAAGCUCUGCGUCGUUGCCGAACCCGUGAGUUGAGCUACCAGAAAGAAACAGGUCAGGCUCCCCUCCUCGGAGCCAUGUGCAACGACUAUGGCCUCCCGUAUGAAUGGGGCGAUCCAUGCAAAACCGUUCCAUUUCCGUGUGAUAUAGUGCAUAUGGGACGAGGCCCCUCGUGCGAAUAUCACGCCUGGCGAAGAUUCUGGCUGUCGUGGAAAUGGUCCAUGUAUACAUACUUGCCUCUCGCUUUAGCUCUUCAGCUGCGUAAACCGAAUCGCAACUCUCUCAGGACUGCCCUCUUCUCAGCUGCCCGCUCGUCCGCCUUCCUGGGCACUUACAUUACCUUGUUCUACUACGGCGUUUGCUUAGGUCGAACCCGCAUUGGACCCCAUUUGCUGGGAAAGGAUGGCAAAUCGAUCACUCCAGUAGAGUACAUCGAGCAUUGCCCCUUUCCGUAUAACAACUUCAUCUACAAGGUCGCACUCUCUUCGCCCGCUACUGCGGAGCAUUUCACGAGAGCAGGACACUACGCGUGUACUGUAUCGCCUCCUUCGGAAGGGGUAUCUACCGUCAUUGUGCGGUUGAGUAAUUCGAUUGCUAUGGGGAUGAAUAAUACGAAUCGCGUGGAGAAUGAAGUGGCUGCGACGGUGGUUGCGAGACAGGCUCUGAGUGCGGUCGAGUGUGGGAAGUACGCGAGUAUUGUGCCUCGUGUUUAUGCAUGGAAGGGCGCUGAGCUUGAGAAAGCGUGUGUUGAGGACGGCUUUGGGUGGACGGUCAUGGAGUUUAUGGAAGGCCAGGCAUUGGACCAAGUGUUCAAGGAGAUGGACACUGUCAAGAAACAGAGGAUUGUGGGUGAGGUUGCGUGCGUUUUCGCAGCGUUGCAGAAGGCAAAGCUUCCAGACGGCGUGAAACUCCAUGGAGGUCUGACGAUCAAGGAUGGGGAUAUUGUUUCUGGGGAGUGUACGAUGCAGGCGGGUGAGCCGUCUGGUGAGUAUGUGGAUUUUUGGAGGGCCAAGAUUGCCGCCACUGUGAAAGAAGCGGAUGAGAGUGCGUUUAUCAAUGGUUGGAAGGGUCAUCUCCGUGAGAGGAUUGAGAAGUUUAAGAAUGAAAAGCUGUCUGGUGUCAUUCGGGAUAGCGGAGUUGAUACGUCUCUCCUGGGCAUCAUUCACAACGACUUCACCAUGAACAACAUGCUCUAUUGUCCCCAGACGAAGCGCAUAACAGCGCUACUGGACUUUGACUGGUCAUCGGUGACUCACCCUGCUCAUGAAUUCUUCAUGUCCUUUCAUGACGUGCAUGGUGGGAUGGCUGAACGAUCCCAAACAUUGCGCAAGGCCAUUCUUACAGGCAGGUUUACCGAGUCUGCUGAUGGAGAUGAGGACAAAGAGGCGUGGGAGCUGGCAAAGUGCUGGCAUGAAGCUGUGAAGCGGCACGGCGGAAUGACUCCCUCUGAUUUCAGGGGCAUAGACGUGUUGGAGAGUCUGAGAAAGUUUACGGAUAGGGUUUCUCCCUUUGAGUUGUGGAGUGAGGUUAUGCUAAAGAGAAAGUCGAAGGAGGAAAAUGAGGCGGCGAGGGCAAGAGUCGAGGAGGAGCUUGGAGAGAUGCUUUCUAGCUGGGGAGUCUAA